CAGAGCUUGGAGGAAAGUGUCUGCAAGGAGGGUAGUGGCUCUGUGGACAUGUCCUAGUCAUCUCUGGGACCCUAAUCAAGCAGCUGGACAAGACUUGACUUUGUGCCCAAGAUGAGGACCCAGGCUGGAGUUUUGUUUUUGUUGGCCCAGUGGGUGGUCUGCUCUGAUGCUUGGUUCUGGUCCAGGACUGAUACCACAACUCUGGCCCCGACAAUGGAGGAGGGCUCUGGCAGUCCGGCAGGUAGUGGAGAACAACCGACAGAGGCCCAGGUUGGAGCACAGAUCAUUGAUGAGGCACAUGGAAUCCAAGUGACUGGGCCGACUUGGGUUGACACCACUGAAUCUGCAGCACUGACCACUUUAAUACCAACCACGCCACUGGAGAAUGAGCAGACAACAGAAAAGGGCCCAAUGGGGAUUUCGUCACCCGUAAUCCAACCUGAAGACACUGGAGUGUCCCUAAUGCAGCUGAUUGGGGAUCCUCCUCCCGACAAGAUCACCAGAGUCUUUGGACCCGACAACAGCUCCAGAUACGUCUUUGGCCCCACUGCCAACACCGGCCAGCUGGCACGCGCCCACCUGCCGAGCCCGUUCCACCGAGACUUCUCCCUCAUCUUCAACCUGAAGCCCACCUCCGACAAGGGCGGCGUCGUCUUCUCCGUCACAGACGCCUCGCAGAAGAUCAUGUACGUGGGUGUCAAGCUGUCGCCCGCCCGGGGCAACGACCAGAGCAUCAUCCUGUACUACACAGAGCCCGGCUCGCAGCGGUCCUAUGAGGCGGCCAGGUUCCCCGUGCUCUCCAUGACCAACACCUGGACCCGGUUCGCCGUCGCUGUGAGGGACGACAAGGUGAUGCUGUACCUCAACUGUGUCGCGGAGCCGUGGGUGAAGCGCAUGGAGAGGUCCCCGGACGACAUGGAGCUGGACACCGGUGCUGGGUUGUUCGUCGGGCAAGCUGGGGGGGCCGAUCCCGACAAGUUCCUGGGGGAGAUUGAGGAGCUGAGGGUGGUGGGAGACCCCCGAGCUGCUGAGACAUACUGUGACGAGGACGAGGACGGGGACGACUCCGAUAUGGCUUCAGGUGAUGGAAGUGGCGACGAGGAACCGAGACCCACCAGACCGGCUGUGGAGAAUCGCAGAUGGACGACCGCCCCCCCGUCCUCCGGGCCCAUUCCCAUGCCGCCGCUCAGCGAGAAAGAGGAGAUUUCUGUUUCAGUAGGGACGGGAGCAGCUGGGGCUAAAGGAGAGAGAGGUGACCGCGGGGACAGAGGAGAGAAAGGAGCCCGGGGACCGUUCGGCCCGAAGGGAGAAUCAGGAACCGGCUCCAUCUCUCGGGGGGGAGCCCGUGGAGAGAAGGGAGAACCUGGAGAAAAGGGAUUGAAGGGCAGCGCCGGAUUUGGCUACCAAGGAAAGAAGGGGGACGCCGGCAUCGCUGGGCCCCCCGGCCCCCCCGGCCCUCCAGGAGUUGCAACUGAAGGUUCACUUAGCAGCGAUGGCUCAGUUCUUUCGACUGCGCCUGGACCCCGAGGACCAGCCGGACCACAAGGUGUCGCAGGUCCCCCGGGACCAGCAGGAGCUGAUGGAGAGGCUGGAGAUCCUGGUGAGGAUGGAAAAACUGGUCCUGAGGGACCUCCAGGCUUCCCAGGAACUCCAGGUGACCCCGGAACCAAAGGAGAGAAGGGAGACCGUGGAGAGGGUCAACCGGGCCCUAGGGGGGCCCCAGGACUUCCCGGGCCCCCUGGAACAGGAUCCAGAUCUACCUUUGUGGACAUGGAAGGUUCGGGUUUCCCCGACCUGGAAUCCAUUCGGGGACUACCUGGGCUCCCAGGUGUCCCUGGUCCUCCUGGGCCUCCUGGUCCUGCCACAGCCGGCACAGCAUUGAGUUCUGGAGCCUUUGGUCCACCAGGAAAGGACGGGGCGCCUGGUCAACCUGGUUUGUCUGGUUUACCGGGUACUGACGGCCUCCCAGGAGCUGCUGGUCCCAAGGGAGAAAAGGGUGAUUCAGCCGAGCUGGGUCUUCCAGGAGUCGCUGGAGAGAAGGGAGCUCAGGGAGACCCUGGUUUACCAGGACGUGCAGGAGAAUCCGGUCUCGCUGGUUUACCUGGACCCAUGGGACCGGUGGGGCGACCCGGGCCCCCCGGACUUCCUGGACCAAGUUAUCGUGUUGGAUUUGACGACAUGGAAGGAUCAGGAGGAGGUUUCAGCAAUGGACUUCCUGGUGUCAGAGGACCUGAAGGAAGAAAGGGUUCUCCUGGUUUUCCUGGUAUUCCUGGUAAACCUGGGUUGCCUGGGAUGCCGGGUCAGAAGGGCAGCGAAGGUUCUGCAGGGCGAGAGGGGCGACCUGGGCUGGACGGCUUCCAGGGACCUCAGGGACCCAAGGGAGACACCGGUGACAAAGGCGAAAGGGGAGACCCAGGUCGAGAUGGAACCGGACUCCAAGGUCCACCAGGCCCACCUGGACCCCCCGGACAAAUCAUCUACUCUACAUCUGGAAACUUUGACGUCGGCAGUGCUGGGCCCAAGGGUGGAUCUGGUUUACCUGGUCAAGCUGGAUUCCCUGGUCCUAUUGGACCAAAGGGGGACAUAGGUGACCAAGGACCUCCUGGCUUUGGGGUGAAGGGAGAGAAAGGUGAGCCCGGCUUGGCGAUCGGACCUGAUGGAAAUCUCCUGUAUAUGGAAGGGUUGAGUGGCAUAAAGGGAGACAGAGGACCCUCUGGUCCCGUUGGACCUCCUGGCCAGUACGGGCCUCCUGGAAUAAAGGGUGAAAUGGGAAUGCCUGGAAGACCUGGUCGUCCUGGUGUUAAUGGAUACAAGGGAGAGAAAGGAGACACGACAGUUGGUUCAGGCUACAGUUACCCUGGAGUCUCUGGACCUCCAGGACCGCCUGGACCACCUGGACCCCCAGGGCCACCCACUCCUCUGGACCGCUUCAACCGAUACGAUGACGCUUCAAGGAAUUACCAAGUGAAAGGGGAAAAAGGAGAACGUGGUGACCGAGGAGUUCAGGGAAUCCCAGGAACAGCAUCUAAUCUUGAUAUCUACACAUUGAAGAAUGAACUGAAGGGACAGCCUGGAGAUCCGGGUGUAAAGGGAGAAAAGGGAGAGCCGAGUGGCGGUUACUAUGACUCACGUUUUGGAGGCGUGCAGGGUCAACCGGGGCCGCCUGGCAAACCGGGCCUACCGGGUCCCAAGGGAGAUUCCAUAAUCGGCCCCUCUGGGCCUCAGGGACCACAAGGGUCACCAGGCAUUGGUUACGAUGGACGUCAAGGUCCUCCAGGACCACCUGGACCUCCAGGGCCAACAAGCUCGCAGCAUGGACCAUAUCGGCCAAAUCACGCCGUCAGUAUCCCUGGGCCUCCUGGUCCUCCUGGCCCACCUGGAAGUUCUGGCUCCUCCUCUGGUAUCACAGUUUUGAGGUCGUAUGACACAAUGAUUGCUUCAGCCAGACGUCAGGAAGAGGGCAGCCUCAUCUACAUCCUCGACAAAUCAGACCUGUAUCUCAGAGUACGAGACGGACUGCGCCAAGUCAUGCUCGGAGAUUAUCGACCAUUCUUCAGAGAUCUGGAGAACGAGGUGGCAGAGGUCCAGCCUCCGCCUGUGAUCCACUACCCUCAGUCCCAGGACCAGUCCCACAACAACGGAGCUGGCCAUUACUCCCAGGGCGGCUCAGCCAUUCGUCCCAUUGAGCCUCCACCUCAACCAGCUGUAGACCCUGUGUACCCCCCACGCUACGAUCCCAGGUUCCCAGACCCCAGACAGACGGGUCAGACGGAUGGAAGGUUACCCCCCCAGAACACCGGCAACAGAUACCCAGUCACUCCGCAGAGACGACCCAGCCCGGCUCUCCCACAGCCUGGGGGCCAUGUGGACGGAUCAGGAUCAGGACUACACAUCAUCUCCUUGAACGCCCCUUAUACUGGUAACAUGCGAGGGAUCCGCGGGGCCGACUUCCUGUGCUUCCAGCAGGCCCGUGCUGUGGGCCUGAAGGGAACUUACAGAGCGUUCCUGUCCUCCAAGCUGCAAGACCUCCACACCAUCGUCCGCAGGUCGGACAGGGAGAGCCUCCCCAUCCUGAACCUGAAGGACCAAGUGUUGUUCAGCAGUUGGGAGUCGAUGUUUGGAGACAAGGCGAGCAAAAUGAGGGAGAACGUGCCGAUCUACUCGUUCGACGGUAGAGAUAUCAUCAGGGACAGUGCAUGGCCAGAGAAAAUGGUCUGGCAUGGAUCGAGCAACAAAGGCCACAGGCAAACAGACCACUACUGUGAAACAUGGCGAGCAAGCGACCACGCUGUCACUGGUCUGGCUUCAUCAUUACAGAGCGGCCACCUCCUGCAGCAGACCUCCAGCAGCUGCUCCGGCUCUUACAUCGUCCUCUGCAUCGAGAACGCCUUCGUCUCACCCUCCAAAAAAUAAAUCCCGUCCAUUUUUUUCUUCCUCUUUGUUUCGGGCCCCGAGUUAAACCCAGUUUUUACCGUCCGAGCAGACGAUGUGUUUAAUUCCCCUGAUCACAUUCCCUUGUGAUCCCACGGCGUCCGGUGAACUGGCCCCGCCUCCUUUUGCCUGGCAGAGACGCUUUGCAUCGUCUGCUCCUCCCCCUCCAGGAACGCCAAAGAGAUGGGUCGAACAGAGGGGGGGCGGGGGGGUUGGUCCAUCUAUUCUUCAGGGCACUGGCAAAUAUUUUUCUUUGAGGGGCUGAACAGCAGUGGAGAAGCUCCACACAUUCUCAAAUUGUAUCCAUUUAAAAAAAAAUCUGUAUAUUACAUGUUUGUUGUAUAUUCUUAUUUGACGUUAUCAAUGUUUUUAACUUUUGAACUGUUUAAAAAAAAUAUGCUAUUUCCAUUCAGUUUUUAUUUUUUAGGUAUGGAUCAUUUUUUUACUAUUUCAUUUUUAGAAUUGUGGGCUAUGAUGGGGUAGAGCAAACAUUUAAGGACGUUUUUGAAUUUAAAGAAGAUAAUAGAUAUUUAUUUUUAAAUGAAAUUAUGUAAGAAUGAAAAAGAUUAGGAAAAAUAUUAUAAAAAAAGCUAAAUACCCACACAGACUCAUAUCCUCAACCACUUCCUUUGUACACACUAUUCUACGAAUAUAUCACUGUGAUCUUCAGAUGCUUUUUACAUCAUCCCCCUAAUUUUGAUUCUUUCCCCACUUUCUGAAAAUACCAGAGAAGCAGUGAGUGAGCUGGAGAUGAUUAGUUUGAGGCUAAUCUUUGCUGGACAGAAAACCCACAGGAAAACCCAGUGUGUUAAACGGGCAGUUGUGUUGUUCCGCAGUUGCGUUGCAUUGAAUUCCAGAGACACAACCUGUGGAUGUCCAUUUUUUAUAACAAUAUGUGCUGUACUGUUUCUCCCAGGCACUGAAUUAAAGUCUUUUUCAACCACA